AUGUCAGAACCGCAAGGUGCUCCCAUACAAAAAAUCGACCCUCCAUUUAUGUUAGCUUCCGAUGUAACAUACCAAUCUCAACCACCUCCGCAAGUCCAAGUCGAAUCUCGUGGAGUAACCUACGCUGAGGCACCCCCUCAACCUAACGUUGUUUAUGUGGAAAAUACACCACCACCGGCACAAACUGUUAUUAUGCAAGACACCUAUAUCGCGCCGAUCUCGUCACCACUUCCCACCACGACUACUUGCCCUAAUUGCAGAAACAUGGUCACCACGAUCGUCACCGAAGUCCCCGGAUCCACGACGUAUAUUCUAUCCGUAAUCUUGUGCUUUGUGUGCUUUGUCCUUGCGUGGUUGCCUUUCGUAAUGUCGGGAUGUUUGGAUAAAGUCCAUUCUUGCCCUAUUUGUAGAACUGUUUUGGCCACUGUUAGGGCUUAA